GUAGCGAAUGGCAAAUGUGAAUCGGGGAAGAUAAAGCAGAGAGGAAGUAUAGCAUCCGAAAUGGUUGCUUCUCUCUUUUUCUUAUAUCCUCUCUCUCUCUCUCCCUUACCCUCUCCUCUCUCUGUGGCGCUUUUCCCUGCACACCACAGCAGAGACCCACUCCGCACUCCCCCUAACCCUAACCCUAACCCUAACCCCUCUUUCAUGCUUCCCAAUUAGGGUUAUGGAAGGGAACAACGCCGACCUCUUCAGACCCUCCUCCUCCCCCUCCGCCUCCCCCCGCCGCUACUCCGCCAUCCUCUCCCCCUCCACCAUCAUCCAGGCCCCGCUCUCGCUGCUCCUCGAAUAUUCCGGCAUCCUCCCCCCCAGGUCCAACCACCACACCCACCCCACCCCCGACGCCGUCAACAACGACGCCGGCGAGGUUUCCAUUAGGAUCAUCGGCUCCGCGGAGCAGGAGCAGCAGCAGCAGCAGCACCACCACAAUCAUCAUCAGCAUCAUCCCAGGGAGGACGAAACUACCCCUCUCGCCGGGGGAAACGACGCCGUGUUGGCCUCGACGUCGCCUCGCGGCGACGCCGAGGGGGAUACCGCCUCGGCGGCGGCGGCGGCAUCCGAUGGUGUAGGGAGGGAUUCGUCUUACCAGAGAUAUGACAUUCAGCAUGCCGCCAGGUGGAUUGAGCAGGUGUUGCCGUUUUCCUUGCUUCUAUUGGUGGUCUUCAUCAGGCAGCAUUUGCAAGGGUUUUUUGUGACCAUUUGGAUUGCUGCUGUGCUUUUCAAGUCGAAUGAUAUUCUGAGGAAACAAACUGCGCUGAAGGGAGAGAGGAAGAUACCGGUUUUGAUUGGGAUUUCUGUUGGGUUCGCGCUUCAUGUCGUUGGCGUUUAUUGGUGGUAUCAAAAUGAUGAUCUAAUGUAUCCCUUGAUCAUGCUUCCUCCUAAGGAUAUACCGCCUUUCUGGCACGCGAUUUUCAUCAUAAUGGUGAAUGAUACUUUAGUGCGCCAGGCUGCAAUGGUAUUCAAGUGUAUAUUGUUGAUGUAUUACAAGAAUAGCCGUGGCCGAAAUUAUCGUAAACAGGGCCAAAUGCUGACUUUAGUUGAAUACCUCCUCCUGCUUUACCGUGCCUUGUUGCCAACACCAGUUUGGUAUCGUUUCUUCCUGAACAAAGAAUAUGGAAGCCUCUUUUCAUCACUGAUGACAGGAUUGUAUCUAACAUUUAAACUCACGUCUGUUGUUGAAAAGGUGCAAUCCUUCUUUGCUGCAGUGAAGGCAUUGUCACGAAAAGAAAUGCACUAUGGGGCUUAUGCAACAUCAGAGCAGGUCAAUGCAGCUGGUGAUCUUUGUGCUAUUUGUCAGGAGAAGAUGCAUGCCCCAAUCUUGCUACGCUGUAAACAUAUUUUCUGUGAAGACUGUGUCUCAGAGUGGUUUGAGAGAGAAAGAACCUGCCCAUUGUGCAGGGCUUUGGUAAAACCCGCAGAUCUUAGGUCAUUUGGAGACGGCUCUACUAGCCUGUUUUUCCAGUUAUUCUGAAAUAAUAUAUAAAUACAAGCCAGGAAGUUUUUUCUGCUUUGAAGCUUUACCUUUUCAAAGCAGCAGUGGUAAUCGUAUAAUAUACAGCAACACAUGUAAAAUGCUCUAGAGGCAACGUGGGGAUACUCAGAAGAUGAAUGCAGCUGAAUAGAAUUAAAGUGGUCAUGCGUUCAUAUAAUGUACUAGUAAAAGGAUGAGUGUAUCUAAGUGACCCUGUAAACUAGGAAGUUGAUUGAAAAUAUAAUUAAAUGAGACUCUUCAUUGGCAAGGAAUGAAGGUGUCUUUCUCCUAAUUACAUAGCGAUUCUGUGAUAUAGUGCGAAUCAAAGUGUCAAUUUUAAACAUUUAUUAUUUUCAAAUUUCUCUUUGUGGGUUCUGAAGCACACCUUAAGGAGUGUUGCCCAUGGACAGAUUAUGAUUAAAAAUCUCACUUCGGUUCAUGUACUAAAUUUGUGGAUACUAGUUUAUUUUUGUAAUAGUCAAUUGGACCACAAGGUUAAUGUAUUGCUGA